UCCGGUUCCGGUGGCCCUAGAUCCGUUCGUUUUUGUGCUACGUGUCGCUCGCGUCUGAGUCGUUGGCUGGCAGGCAUCAUGGAUCAGGUAAUGCAGUUUGUUGAGCCAAGUCGGCAGUUUGUGAAGGACUCAAUUCGGCUGGUUAAAAGAUGCACUAAACCUGAUAGAAAAGAAUUCCAGAAGAUUGCCAUGGCAACAGCAAUAGGAUUUGCUAUAAUGGGAUUCAUUGGCUUUUUUGUGAAGUUGAUCCAUAUCCCUAUUAAUAACAUCAUUGUUGGCGGCUGAAUACCUUUUUAGAAGAGUUUUUCAUCUUGGGGAUUGGUGAAUAAGUGAGGAUUUGAGAAGCUCAUGGAGUAAAAAUUUGCUUAUAUGUUUUGUGUUUUUCUUUCAUUUUUUUGUCUUCCACGGUGUUUUGUAUUUGUAAAUUAAAACAAUUUCAAAAUAAACAAACUUAUCUUUUUUCCAUCAUAGAUAUUUAUCAAAUUUGAUAGGAAAUAAUGGGUUAUUUUCCCUCCUUCCCUUCUUACUCUCCUUCCUUCUGUCCUUCAUAUUAAAGAAAAUUAAUUUAAAGAAAUUAAAAUGAAAUACUGUACUUUCUGAGUGCACCUCUCUUGGAUAAACAUUUUCCUAUCAUGGAAGAAGAAACAGCAAGUUAAGGGUGGUAAAGGUAAUGAAACAGUUUGAGGGUAG